AUGGGUUUGUUAAUGGAAGCUAUUGUUGCUACGAUAUUGUUGUCCUUGUGUUUUGCAAUAACAGAGUCAGCUCCAGAAUCUGCUCUCAUUACCAAGCUUCCUGGUUUCAACGGCACUUUUCCAUCUAAACACUAUGCCGGGUAUGUGGCAAUAGAUAAAGAACGUAGUAAGAACCUAUGGUAUUACUUUGUGGAAUCAGAGAGAAAUGCUUCAACAGAUCCAGUUGUGCUUUGGCUUAAUGGUGGUCCAGGUUGCUCUAGCUUGGACGGAUUUGUCUACGAGCAUGGUCCAUUCAAUUUCGAUCCAAAAAAGAAAAAUAGAAAUCUUCUACAACUCAAUCCUUAUAGUUGGUCCAAGGUGUCCAACAUCAUAUACCUUGACUCUCCAGUUGGUGUAGGAUUCUCUUACUCAGAGAAAAAAUCUGAUUAUACAACUAAUGAUACGGGAACUGCUUCUGAUUCUUACACAUUCCUUGUCGAGUGGUUUAAGAUGUUUCCACAGUUUCAGUCAAAUCCGUUCUUUAUCUCAGGAGAAUCAUAUGCCGGUAUCUAUGUGCCAACUCUUGCUUCUCAAAUUGUUAAAGGUCAUAAGAAAGUGGCAAAGCCGGUUAUCAACUUAAAGGGAUAUUUGGUGGGUAAUGGAGUUACUGAUGAGGUGUUUGAUGGUAAUGCUCUUGUUCCCUUCACACAUGGGAUGGGACUUAUCUCUGAUGAACUAUAUGAGGAAACUAAAUUAGUGUGCAAAGGAACGUACUAUAAUACUGGUCAAUCAGAUCAAAGUAAAGAAUGUCUUAAUAAGCUCAAAAAUGUAUCACACACUGUGAGCUCAUUGAACAUAUAUAACAUCCUAGAACCGUGCUACCACGGAACAUCUCUAUCCGCCUUAGAUAUCGGAUUUCUGCCUAAGAGUCUCCUUACGCUAGGCAAAACAGAAAGGCCAUUGGCAGUGAGAAAGAGAUUGUUUGGUCGUGCAUGGCCUCUAGGCUCCGUUGUGCGUCCAGGCAUUGUACCUAGUUGGUCUCAACUCCUCGCUGGCUCUGGUGUUCCUUGCGUUAACGAUAUAGUUGCGACUAAAUGGUUGAACGAGCCAGCUGUAAGGAAAGCGAUUCAUGCUAAAGAGGAACGCGAUAUUGGAAGUUGGCAGUUGUGCUCAGACAAACUCGAAUAUACACACGACACUGGUAGCAUGAUCGAACUCCAUAGAAACCUCACUCUUAGUGGCAUUCGUGCUCUCAUUUACAGCGGAGAUCAUGAUAUGUGUGUACCAUAUACUGGUUCUGAAGCAUGGACUAAGUCAAUAGGAUACAAAGCGACUGAUCAAUGGAGGCCAUGGUUUUCAAAUCACCAAGUUGCCGGGUUUACACAAGGGUAUGCGAACAAUCUCACAUUUAUAACCAUCAAAGGUUCAGGACAUACCGUUCCAGAAUACAAACCGCGUGAAGCUUUGGACUUCUAUAGCCGUUUCCUAGCCGGGAAAAAGAUAUAAAUUACAAUAAAAUUCAUGUUUUCUCUCAACUUCAAUUUUAAUAAAAUUAAUGUUUUCUCCCCUUAAAAAUGUGAAGGACUCUAAUU